CUGUUGAAGCCAAUGAGACUCAGAUUGAAGGCAGUUAAUGAGUAACACAGCAGAGGUGCAACCUUCAGCAGACAUUUGUUCAGCUCUUACUACUGUGACUCAUGCAGCCACAAGAAGCUCAGAUCUCUGCGUCCGUUCAUUAGACCUGGAGGACUGGAUAACUUUGUGGAAACUUUAUUUAUUUCUUUUCGUAUGAGUUCUGUUGUUGGUGACAGAGAAACACAGCUGUGAUGGCUGACACACGCACUCAGGCCCCGGCCUCCGGCUCGGCGGCUAAACUGGACACGGUUCAGGGUCAGGUGAACGAGGUUAAAGUCAUCCUGAAAGACAACAUCAGCAAAGUGCUGGAGAGGGGCGACAGACUAGACGAUCUGAUCGGGAAGACCAAUGGCCUGCAGGCGUCUGCCGACUCGUUCCAAAGAACUUCCACGCGGGUCGCCAGGAAAUACUGGUGGAAAAACGUCAAAAUGAUGAUUAUAAUCGGUGUGGUUGUGCUGAUCAUCGUCAUCCUCAUCAUCCUCUUCGCCACUAAAGUCAUAUAAAUAAAUAAACCCUCUCCGUGUGCUCGCUCAGCAGCUCAGGACUGAAAGCCAUGAAGAGGUGGAUGAAGCUCACCUUCUUUUAUUGAGCAGUGAAGACGCACUCACGCGAGUCUCUGGUCAUUUCAGCUCAAACAAACAAGAGCAAAAUAUUUAUUUAAAUUCAAAGGGUGCACAACUGCAGGCUUAUUGAUUAGGCUGCGAUAAAGCUACAGAUGAGAAGAUCAAUUGUUAGAAACUUGACUGAAAUACUUCCUUGAACACUCCACUAACAUGUGACGUAAUAUUAAUAUUUCACAAAAAGGAUCACAAAUCCAAAUGUUUAUUUUUAUUUUAUCGCAUUUCUUAAUGUCCAAUUACCUGUGUGUAUAUAAGCUUCAUGUUUGACUGAUGAACUCUGUAAUUAUGUGUAUUUUAUGACUGAAGACUACGAUAAAGAGGAUCAAUUGUAA